CAAUUCAAGAGAUGAUGGAUUCAAAACUGGAACACGAGAGGUCACUUCAACAAUUCUCAAAAGCAAAUAUUUCUUGGCCUCCCAUCGGGUUCCAAAAAUCACCAUUGGGAACAGGGAUUCACGAUUCAUGUUUGAAAACACGGGAUGAUAAAAUGGCGACAAGGAUAAAUAUUCUGCGUGAAAAAUGUUUGGAUCGAAAUGAUGAUGCAGAUCCUAAUACAAGUAAUACACCCAAUAACCCGUACAAUAAUGUCCUUGUGAAUGAUGACUAUCAACUUUUACUUUGUAUUGUUCCAAAAGCUGGAUCAUCAUUUUUGAAAAAUGUAAUGAAAAUUUUGGAAAAUAAUUUUACGGAAAGUAAAAACCCUUUGGUGGAAAGUUCACAUAUGAAUAAACGGAACAAACAUUUCAAAACCUUGAGUGAAUUUAAUAAUCUCGAAAGGCAAAAAGUAUUAAAAAACUAUGUGAAAGUAAUGUUUACAAGAAAUCCUUUUAGUAGACUGUUUUCUGCAUACCAAGACAAAUUUGUUUCCAUCUAUCCCGAAUAUUGGAAAUAUGGAGUUCAUUUCUUACGAAAAAUUCGCAAAGAUUCUUCCCUGACAUGUGGACAUGAUAUGACAUUGGAGGAAUUUCUUCAUUUUGUAAUUGAUGAUCUAAAACAUAGGGGCGUCAACAACAUCAGCAAACACUGGGAACCAAUUCACAAGCAUUGCGACCCGUGUAUGAUACGCUAUGACAUCAUCGGUAAAUUGGAAACAUUCCAAGAUGAUCUCCACGACAUUUUGUGUAAAAUAGGAGCACGAGAUCGGAUAGAUUUACCGGUGAUGGAAUCGCUUAAAAUACGGGAAUUUCUUAUCAAACAUGAAGUAAAAGAUGCAUUUGAUCGUAAAAACAUGGCGAAUAAGGGCUGUUUACCCGAACAUGAAUUGCCAAAACGAAUUGUGGAGAGUUUUGUCCAACACGGCUAUAUUGAACCCCUAACUGGAAAUUCCCUUGAAGAACUAGUCUCUUUGUCAAAUGAGAAUUUUAAUGAAACGGGGGUAACAGAUUUGAUUCUCAAACAUAUGAUUACAAGCAAUAAAACACAUUUAUUGAAUUUACCUAAAUACGCAAAGGAGAAAGCUCUCCAACAAAUCCCAACAGAACUAAUGCAUGCGUUAAGGCAGAUAUACAAAAAUGACUUCGAAUUAUUCGGCUAUUUUUAAAGAUGUAAUUCUGUCAUUUCCACUGGCCAGCGUUCAACACAUAGUCAUUUCUCAUUAGCAGAAAAGCUGUUAUUUUCGGAAGCCAGAAACUCAUGAUCAGCUCUUUAACACUUUGCAAGAACUAGAAUAGGUAAACUCAGCUGGACUUCAGCUGAAGUUCAAUAUUUUAGCACAUACAAAAAUAACAAAUGCAUAUAUCAUGUUUAUGUUUUUAUUGUAUUGUAGAAAGUCACUUUAAACUUUGAGACAUUGUAGAAUACAAAAUUCUCCAAAAAUCAUAACAGCAAUCUCAACAUUUAUUGGGUAAUCCUCUAUUUUAUAGUCAAGUAUAUAUAUUGCACUUGCAGUGUACGCUCUGUUCUGAAUUCAUUGUCCAUAACUCAGUAGCAAUCCGUUCAGUGCCUUCUUGGCUAUUACCACUCCCAAAGAUUCUUUAUUUAACUAUUCCUGUGGAUAUUACCAUCACUUGGAAAUGACGUCAUUCUAUUGAAAUUAAGAGUUUGAAUCACUUUAUUUACUAAAUUUCUCACAAUUUCUGACACAUGAAGCAGGUAGAGUGAAUUUUUCAACUAAAAUCACGGUAAAUUACUCUACUGCAAGAUAGAAGGCAGCACAAUUGCACUGAACGAAUUGGUCAGAGAUUCAUACUCUUGGAAGAUUAUCUUGUACUUAUUUCUCCCCCUCGGCUCAGGUUGCAUUUUCAGUCUUAUACCUCACGAAUAUACUCAUUAUCACUGCCAUUUUCACAAUCCAGAAAUCAGCCAGUUAUCAAAAAUAUGUCCACUGAUGCAAGAAGCCAGGUUAAACUUUCGGAUCUUUGUUGGGCAUGAUUCCACCUUGUAAUAUGUAAAUAUACUGUACAAUAUACUUAAAAUAGAGGUAUUGUGAUUAUAAAUAUAUAAUUUCACCAGGGAUGGGACAAACAUACUUAAUCCCAGUAGCUACGUCAAGGUCAAUAUAAUAUAAAAUAAUGUUAUAUCCAUCGAAUAAUGAAGAAAUAUCGCUAGUAUGUGCACCAACACCAAAGCAGUCUUAUGCAACUGAAAUGUGCCGUCCUACUGUUCACUGAUACACCCUCUAUAUAUUCCACUAUAUAAGUAUACGCUUUACUAGUUAUAUUUACUAUUAAAUAUAUAGAAAAAUAAUAUUACAAAAUAACACAAUAUUUCAAAUCAGCGUCAUUCGUAGAGACAUAUGAAGUUCCAUCAAAUGCGAAAUUGUCGAAAUUACUAUCACUGCACUAUUCCAUCUUCAGUAAGGUCCACAUCGUGGUAUAAUCUCUAUGGCAACUGUAAU